AUGUUUCCUCAAUCAGAAUUGGAUAAUUAUAAAUUACAAGUGGAAUUAUUGCAAGAUAAAUUACAAAGAAGUGAAAUAUCACGUCAACAAUUGGAGCAUAAAUUAGAUAAAAUAUUACAAAAACGCGAUGAGCACGAUAAGACAGUACGCUCAAAGGCUAGACAAAAAUAUCAAACAUUUUUGGAAGAACAACAGCGUAGGAACGAACGCAAUAAACAAUUAGUACAGAUGUUGGAACGUAUUGAACAACAAACUGAAGCAAUGAAUGCUAGAAGCGAAAGACUAAAGAUGAUGAAACUACAAUAUGAAAUGUAUUUUGCAAAACUGGUGCAUUCACAAACAAGAAGGUGUAUACAAAACUCGGUAACUCCCCUUACACCAAUGAUGCCCUCAACAUCAGGACAAUCGAUGGUGCCAACAGCUCAACCAACAGUUAGGGAAGAAUACAAUUACGAAGUAAAUAAAGACGCUCAUCCACUAUUAAUGUCCACUACAAAUCAAAGUUAUGUUACAAUACCAACUGUUGAAAAGCAACAAUUUUUAAGAUCGCAAACGGAAAAUAUGCCCUUAGCAACUAUGGAAAUGCCAACACUGGCUAAUUUUGAUAGAGCGGAAAGAAAUGAUUAUAUCGAUUUUAGAAAUCUAAAUACUGCGCCUUCAAUACAAAAUCAACAACCAUACCAAUAUCCUUCUAAUCAUGAGAUCAUCAGUAAUAAUGUGGUUGUACCAAACAACAAUAAUUACAUAAAACAGGAAAGCCCAGAGAAUAGUAAUGCUAGUUCCAUAAUUAAUUCCAAUAUGACUCUUUCUCCUGUAACUAAUUUGUUAGCAAAUGAUAAACAGCUUGCAGAAUUUAAAGAGCCUACAAACAUAUCAACUACCAACAGCUCUUCAACAUUUGAGGAAAUACCAAAUGUCAGUAUGAGGCCACAAAUACCGCACAAUUUAAAAGAAAUUCCCCGAACCACAAAUACAACUACCACAACUAAUAAUAUAAGGAAUAGCAAUGAUGCUCGUCAGCUUAAUAUGAAUUUCCAGGUUCUACAAAAACCUUCACAACAUACAAAUGGAACUUCCUUAACAUCUACCCAACAAAUUAAUAAUAAUUCAACAAACGCUCCACAAAACAAUAAACAAAAUAUUAAUACUGUUAAUGAAAUAUCGCCAGAAAUUAGAAAUGAAAUUAAAAGUCCAGCUUUCAAUGCAGUUAAUGAACAUAAACCUCAAGAUGUAGCUGUACCAAAACUAAUGAACAAACCCUCAACUUCCAUAGAGUUAAAGCCAACAAAUUCCUUAAAUGAAACUUUAACAUCUAACAAUACAAACUUUGGUAAUAGUCAACCUGCACCAAACGAACAGACGAAUAUUGCAAAUGCAACUUUGGCACCGGCUGAUAUACAAUCAAACUCUUCCACAACACCAGUUUCAAUUGAAAAUAUUGAGAAUGCAAUAUAUGGUGAAUUGUUAUCACCUUUAGAAACCAAUGAGGUUCCAAAUUCAGAAAAUUCCAAUGUAGUUCCCAUGUUAUUGGAAAAUCUGGUAACACAAGCCGAAAAUAAUGAAAAUGUCAAUAUUACUUUAGAUGAAACCACCUUAAAACAAGAUAAAGUGGCAGAUAAUAAUACAUCAAAUGAUACUACCACUUUAGCGGAAAAUCGUGAGAGUGAAAAUAAUCCAGUUUCUCAAAACUAUGAACAAACUAUAGCAUACAAUGAAUAUAACAAUAACCAAACGCCUGAUGAGACCGCCAAUGCAGUAGCAGAUUACAAUAACUAUGAAAAUGUAGAAAAUACUGCAAUCGAUGACAGUCAACAACAGCAACAAUAUGAUUACACCAAUUACGAUCCCACACAGUACUCUUAUCCAGGCUAUAUUUAUGAUGAAACAACCGGUGAAUAUAAACCCGAUCCAAAUGCACCAGCCGAACAAUAUGCCACAGAUCAACAAUAUACAACUGAGAAUUAUGAUCAGCAAUAUCAGCAACAAGAGAUUUAUGAUUAUAAUCAAACUUAUGAACAAGAUCCAACAACAUCCUCAGCCACAGUAGAAAACACAGCUUACAAUAAUUACGAAACAACGCAACAAGAAGAUACUUCAAAUGAUGCACCAGUAAACGCCAACGCUGUACAGCAACAACCCAUAACAGAGACAGAACCUAUUGCUGCUGAACCUGAAAUUUCAACUGAAGAAGUUACGCCGUCACCUUCUACUAAAGUUACAAAACCAACAUCAAUUUUAUCUACAGCAGACAAGAAUGAUGCACAAAAGAAAAAGAAACGUGUUAAUUUUGUCGAUAGCAGCGAAACUGAUGAAAGUGCCGGAGCAGAUAAAGGAGCUCCAACUACAGCUAAAGCCGUUACAGGAAAUACAGCUGCUUCAAGUGAAAGUGACUUUGAUUUUUCAUCAAGCACAGAGGCUGAAGCGAAAGCCACUUAACGAAAUGAGAUAUUAAUUAUGAUUUUUAUUAUUAACUUUUAUUGAAUUGAUUUUUAA